AUGCAAAUGCAAUCAACACUCUACAAAAAAAUCGAAAGCUCAGUCGACUCUAUUGAAAAGUCCACUCAAUCCAGUCUUAAGUUACACACUGAGAGUCGCAUUAGAAGUGAUUUUAGAAAUAUAAGAAACUAUCAAGUCUACGAACAAGGUGUUAUGUUAGCACUUCUUAAUAGCAUGUUUGACAUUACUAUUAAGCAACCAUUGAAGAAGGCCAAUGUCUUUGAACAGAUAGUUAGAAUUCAGUCAAUAGUCGUCGAAAAUGACGUGAUUGACAUUGAAGAGUUCUGUGACCAAAGGUGCAAAGAAAGGUUUGCCCUUGACUUAAAGAAUGGUGUUCCAAUGAAAACAGCCAAAAGAAGAAUCGAAACGAAUAGAGUCAAUGAAAUGCUCUUUGUCUUGGCAGACUUUCUGACUGAGUACUCAUUCGAAUUCACAACAAAAGUCGUCAAUGGAAAAAAGAAAACAUUAAAAGGAGAAACAGUCAAGAAAAUAGCUUCAGGGAACUUUGUUAUUAAUGAAAGAGAAAUAAGAACUAAAGGAAAAGAAAUCAAUAAAAAAACACUUGGUCUUCUUGGAAAACAGGCGAAGGUAGUUAUCCCAAGAGGUACUAUCUCGGUCUUCUAA